AUGACUUUUCGGGUUUGGGGGUGGCGGAGGGAAGACGUAUCUCAGAUUCUGGCCUGGGGGCCCGGCGCUGAGGACGGGAGGGGGAGCGACGGCGCGCGAGACCCCGGGGAAGCUCCGCGAGGGGCCUGGGCUACAAAAGACCCCACAGCUGUAGAGAGAGCAAACUUGUUAAAUAUGGCUAAACUGAGUAUCAAAGGCCUCAUUGAAUCUGCACUCAGCUUCGGCCGCACCUUGGACUCUGACUAUCCCCCUCUGCAGCAGUUCUUUGUUGUUAUGGAACAUUGUCUGAAACACGGUCUUAAAGUAAGAAAAUCAUUUUUGAGUUAUAACAAAACCAUCUGGGGCCCUUUGGAAUUGGUGGAGAAACUGUACCCAGAAGCAGAGGAAAUAGGAGCCAGUGUCCGGGAUUUACCUGGUCUUAAGACCCCCCUGGGUCGGGCAAGAGCUUGGCUUCGUUUAGCCCUAAUGCAAAAAAAAAUGGCCGAUUACCUGCGUUGCUUAAUUAUUCAGAGAGAUCUUUUGAGUGAGUUCUAUGAGUAUCAUGCACUAAUGAUGGAAGAAGAAGGAGCAGUAAUUGUUGGGCUGCUGGUUGGCCUGAAUGUGAUAGAUGCUAAUCUGUGUGUGAAGGGAGAGGAUUUAGACUCACAAGUUGGAGUGAUUGAUUUUUCUAUGUAUUUAAAGAAUGAAGAAGAUAUUGGAAAUAAAGAAAGGAAUGUUCAAAUUGCUGCCAUAUUAGAUCAAAAGAAUUAUGUUGAAGAAUUAAAUAGACAACUUAACAGCACAGUCAGCAGCCUUCAUUCAAGAGUUGAUUCAUUAGAAAAGUCAAAUACUAAGCUGAUUGAAGAGUUAGCAAUAGCAAAGAAUAAUAUCAUUAAACUUCAAGAAGAAAAUCAUCAAUUACGAAGUGAAAAUAAAUUGAUUUUAAUGAAAACACAGCAGCAUCUAGAGGUUACCAAGGUAGAUGUGGAAACUGAGCUUCAAACAUAUAAGCAUUCUCGGCAGGGGCUAGAUGAAAUGUACAAUGAAGCCAGAAGGCAACUUCGAGAUGAAUCUCAGUUACGACAGGAUGUGGAGAAUGAGCUAACAGUACAAGUUAGUAUGAAACAUGAGAUUGAACUUGCCAUGAAGUUGUUGGAGAAAGAUAUCCAUGAGAAACAGGAUACUCUGAUAGGCCUUCGACAACAACUAGAGGAAGUUAAAACAAUUAACAUAGAGAUGUAUCAAAAGUUGCAGGGUUCUGAAGAUGGCUUGAAAGAGAAAAAUGAAAUAAUUGCCCGAUUAGAAGAAAAAAACAAUAAAAUUACUGCAGCCAUGAGACAGCUGGAACAAAGAUUGCAGCAAGCAGAGAAGGCGCAAAUGGAAGCUGAAGAUGAGGACGAAAAAUAUCUACAAGAAUGUCUGAGUAAAUCUGACAGUCUGCAGAAACAAAUCUCCCAAAAGGAGAAACAGCUGGUACAACUAGAAACUGAUCUGAAGAUUGAGAAGGAAUGGAGGCAGACUUUGCAGGAAGAUCUUCAGAAGGAGAAAGAUGCCUUAUCUCAUCUUAGAAACGAGACUCAACAAAUCAUUAGUCUUAAAAAAGAGUUCCUUAACCUCCAGGAUGAAAAUCAGCAAUUGAAAAAAAUAUAUCAUGAACAAGAACAAGCUCUUCAAGAACUCGGCAACAAACUUAGCGAGUCAAAACUUAAAAUAGAAGAUAUAAAAGAAGCCAACAAAGCAUUGCAGGGAUUGGUUUGGCUGAAAGACGAAGAAGCAACCCAUUGUAAACUUUGUGAAAAGGAAUUCUCACUCUCUAAGAGAAAGCACCACUGUAGAAACUGUGGGGAAAUUUUCUGUAAUGCCUGCUCUGACAACGAACUGCCUCUGCCUUCUUCACCAAAACCAGUCCGGGUCUGUGAUUCCUGUCAUGCGUUGCUCAUUCAGAGAUGUUCAUCUAACUUGCCAUAGACUCCUGCCCUACAUCUUUAUGUAUGAAAGUACACACAAUGAAUGUUAUGACAUGUAUAUACAAAGUAUCCAGACAACUCUUCUUAAACAGCUUCCAGUCAGUAUUGGUACCAGUUUAUCUUGCUCAUAUUUAACUCAUGGGAACAGAAGUAGUAUGCUUUGAUAUUUCUUUUCCCAUUUACUCAAAAAAGAAUUUUCAACACAGCAUGUUUUAAAAUAACUUUAGCCUACUUUUUAAUUGAUGUAAUAAUCAUAUAACCCUAACUCCAUUGAAAGGCCAGAUAGCAUAGUUAACACACAUUUGCCUUAUCUUGUGAAAGGACUUUUUAAAAAUAAGGCUUCAGAUUAUUUCAUUCUUCCGAACUGUCAAGUUGAUAUUUGAUGGUGCCUGUAAUUCCUUAAAUGCACUUUAAAGCUUCAUGGUUCUCAGAGACUGGAAAUGCAUAAAACUGUAUAGAAGUAAUAUCCCAGUUCAACAGAUUUUUCAUUAUCUUGGUUGAUUUCAACUAUAUUUAUUUGCCCUUUCUGUCCCCUUCCCAUUGGUCUCCUUUGCAUUAGAAAGGACUAUUUUACGGAAUUUCCUUUUAGUCUUUUCUAAAAUCUGUUAUUGUGCUUACUGAUGUUAUCUUUCAGAUACAUGGAUUAAAUUAAAAGGGGCAUUAUUUGGCCUCGACUUUUUCCUUCUGAUCUUGAAAGCAAGUUCCACAUACCCAUCAUCCUUUACCUUGUCACUUGCCAAUCUUCUUCCCAUAUGCUGUUGUCUAAAUUGUUAGUUUUUUAAAGGGGAAACUCAGAUCCCAACUCAAAGGUGAAAAUAAAUCUCUCCCCAGAAAACAAUGUGUGUAAUAUUGCAGGGGAUUUAUAGGUUCACUAUAAAGACUUUCUCCUCUAAGUAUUUAAAAUGAGGAAGAAGUCAAAGCUUUGCCUUUGAUAUUACAUAGACUUGAGUCAUUAAAAAAAUUUUGCAUUAAUAUUUCCAUUGGAGUAAUUUUUAGGAAGCAUUACAGUUAGAGUGGUCUACCAGUGUAUGUCCACUGGUAAAAUUUCACCAUGUCUACCAAGCUCCUCUAUGCCAGAAAUGUUGAGAUGUGAUUUCUGCCCUACCAUGAAAUACACGUACAUACUUGAAAUAUUUCAAGCUGACUCAACACUAAUCCAGUUGUUUAUAGCAUACCAAGAAUUAAAUUUGU